AAGCUUCGGGGCCGGGAGGCGACAAGAUCCCCGAGCGAGCCAGCUGCCUCUCGCCGUGCAUGGGGAAGGUCUCCCGGCCGGCUUUCCCACUGCCCCGGGGGGAGGAGGGCUUGAGAAGCAGAGGGGGUCGCCUUUCAGGGCUCCUCUUCGCCGCAGGGGAGUUCGCCUUGGCCCCUUACCCGGAUAGAUCAUGCCAGGCGGCUUCUACCAUGGCUGACCCCGAAAGGAGCCCCUUCGAUUGCGCAGGGGGGGAGAUCGGCUACUGGAAGGAGCUCUCCAGCAAAUACAAGCAGUGUGUGGAGAGCGCCCAGGAGGAGCUGCGCGAGUUCCAAGAGGGCAGCCGUGAGUACGAAGCCGAGCUGGAGAUGCAGCUGCAGCAGCUGGAGACUCGAAACCGGGACCUGCUCUCAGAGAACGCCCGACUGCAGAUGGAGGUGGAGACGGUCAAGGAGAAGAUUGCCAGCCAACACGCCGACGGGGACCGGCAGAUCUCAGCCCUGGAGGAGGAGCUGGGCCAGGCGAGGGCCGCCCGGGACCAGCUGCAGAAGUACAUCCGGGAACUGGAGCAGUGCAACGAUGACCUGGAGAGGGCCAAGAGAGCCACCAUCAUGUCCCUGGAGGACUUUGAGCAGCGGCUGAACCAGGCCAUCGAGCGCAACGCCUUCCUGGAGAGUGAGCUGGACGAGAAGGAGAGCCUCCUGGAGUCAGUGCAGCGGCUGAAGGACGAAGCCAGAGAUUUGCGCCAAGAGCUGGCCGUGCAGCAGAAGCAGGAGAAGACGAAGGCCUCAGUGGAGGGCUCCUCGGAAGCUGGACGGAUGGACACAGCCAUGCAAGCCACCUCCCCCAGGCCAUCGACCCCCGCAAUCCCCCAGGGGCCCAGCAAUGGAUUUAGUACCCCAGAAGCCUUCAGAAGAGGUUUUGAGAAUGGAUCCAGUGGAACGCCACUUACGCCAGCCGCGCGGAUAUCAGCACUGAACAUUGUGGGGGACCUCCUGCGGAAAGUUGGGGCGCUGGAAUCCAAGCUGGCCUCCUGCCGAAACUUCGUCUAUGACCAGACCCCGUACCGAAGCCCAGCACCGCCCCCUCCCUACUUGGCCAGGGACGUGUAUGAGAGGCGUCUGAGCGGCCCCCAUGUGCCCCAGGGGUUGGCCAAACGACUGGAUUUAGGCACGCGGCCGUCCAACCUUGCAGGGCCGGCGGGCCUUCCAGCACAGAGGGCAGCCCAGAUGCUUUUCUGAGGGACUUUGGGGCCAGCCCACUUCUCUGGCAGCCGGUAAUGGCUGCUCACCUGCAACGGGAGAGCAGCGAGGAAAGCUGGCUGUGUCCGGAGGAAGAAAGAGCCCGUCUUGGCUCCCAGCAGGCUGAAGGGCCACGUGAAGAGCCUCGCAGGAGAGCUGGAGGCCGGUUUUCUUUGCCCAGCUGGGAGGUUCUGCUUUCCUUUCCAGGGAGAGUAGAGGCCCCCAGCCUCGGGCCCCUGGCCUGGCUGCCUUCCUGCCUCCAAUGGGUCCUGUUGUGAAGCCUCCAGGGGCUCUUAGCGCCAACAUUUCUGGACACCACAAGCCUCUCUUUUGGUCUUCUAAGCUGCAGCUGCCCCGGCCAAGAAGGAGCCUCUCCCACAGCGCCUCUGAACCCCUAAAAAUUCCUCCCAGUGGACUUUCUUUGACACUCCCCCGGGGGUCGUGUGCUGGAAAAAGCGGUUUGGGUCUUAGGAAGCUCAGCAACACCAGCUGUGUGUUAUCAGACGGUGGGUCUGCUGCUGAGAGUACAGAGAGUUAACGGGGUCCGGCAUAUAAAUUUGCUAAA